GGUAACUAGCAAGUCUUGAGCGCGUUACAAUAUUUACGCUGCACCUUAACAGACUGGACCGCCUUUAAAACACAAACACUCGUAUUAUAUACGUAGUAAUUAUUAUCUCCUACUACUAUAUAUCAACAGAGGAAGCAAGGAAGAAGAAGAUUAUCUGGAGAGCCAUUUAUUUGUAACUGGAAGGUGAUUCGUUGAUUUUGUUACUAGGAGACGCGGCGGUGUUCAUCUCUUCAGAUCCGGCCGUCUGAUUGUGGUGUACUGCCGUAUUAAUUAUCCUAUCAGAUGGCUUUCUAGGUGUAAUUUUUGUUUUGCUCACUCGACUACUGCGUUGGAAUUUCACGGGGCUUGUUUGGUUUAUGAUUGAUUUGCCUGUACUUUGUUGUGGAAGUGGGAGUGGAUUGUGAGUUUGGCGCUCUAUUGGGACUAGGGAAGGUUGUUUCCGCCGCCAUCUGGUUUGCUGACGGUAAAAACAACCAGCUUCUUUCCUCAUUUCAUGUCGCGGAACUUGGACAGUCCUGUUCAGACACAGAUGGCGGUGGCAAUUUUGAGUAGUCCAAUUGGAAGAGAGUACCAGAAAACCAGGACAGAAGGGAAGCCUGCUGGGACCAGACGGGUUUUUGUGCAGACGGAAACUGGAUGUGUCCUAGGGAUGGACUUGAAUCGAAGUGAUAAUGCUCAUACUGUGAAGAGGAGAUUGCAGAUCGCACUCAACGUUCCCAUUGAUGAGAGCUUGCUGUCAUAUGGUGAUAUGGUUCUUGAGAAUGACUUGAGUGCUAUUCGAAAUGAUUCCCCUAUUCUUCUUACAAGAAACUUGCUGCAUAGAAGUUCAUCAACUCCUUGUCUCUCUCCUUUUGUGAAGGAUCUCCAACAAAGAGAUCAAAGUGGUCCAGUUGAGAUAUUGGGCCAUUCUGAAAUCUUUGUAAAGGUAAAAAAACUUGUCAAAGAUAUUGUUAAGGGAAUGAAGAUUGGGGUUGAUCCACUUCCUGUUUAUGGCGGGCUUGGAGGUGCAUACUUCUUUAGAAACAGUAGGGGUGAGAGUGUGGCUAUUGUGAAGCCGACGGAUGAAGAGCCGUUUGCUCCAAAUAACCCCAAAGGUUUUGUUGGAAAAGCUUUAGGGCAACCAGGUCUAAAACGUUCGGUACGUGUUGGUGAAACAGGUUUCAGGGAAGUAGCGGCUUAUCUGCUGGAUCAUGACCAUUUUGCUAAUGUUCCUGCCACUGCACUGGUGAAGAUUACUCACUCUAUCUUUAAUGUGAAUGAUGGUGUUAAUGCCAAAAAACCUCAAAGUAAGCAGCAGCCCGUGAGCAAGAUUGCUUCCUUUCAACAGUUUAUCCCCCAUGAUUUUGAUGCCAGUGAUUACGGGACUUCAAGUUUUCCAGUUGCUGCUGUCCAUCGUAUUGGGAUAUUAGAUAUUAGGAUUUUGAACACUGACAGACAUGGUGGAAACCUACUGGUGAGGAAGCUUGAUGGUGUCGGGAGGUUUGGUCAGGUGGAACUUAUUCCAAUUGAUCAUGGCCUUUGCUUGCCAGAAAGUUUGGAGGAUCCAUAUUUUGAGUGGGUUCAUUGGCCUCAGGCUUCAAUUCCAUUUUCAGAUGAUGAAUUGGAGUAUAUUAGAAAACUAGACCCUUUGCAGGAAUCUGAAAUGCUACGAAAGGAACUCCCAAUGAUUCAUGAUGCUUGUCUCAGGGUCUUGGUUCUCUGCACAAUUUUUCUCAAGGAAGCUGCAAGUUUUGGUCUUUGCCUGGCUGAGAUAGGGGAGAUGAUGAGUAGAGAGUUCCGUAGUGGCGAAGAGGAGCCCAGUGAGCUCGAGAUUGUGUGCAUGGAGGCAAGAAGACUAAUGGCCGAGAGGGAGGUCUUGUCACCCAGAAUUCUUGUAGAAGAUGACGGGUUUCAGUUCAACAUUGAUUGCGAAGAUGUGGGAUUUGACUGCUCUGGGGAAGCAAAGUCUAAAUCUCCAUACGUUUUGGGGGGAGGUGGUUCUUAUGGGCGGAAUCCACUGUCCAAGCUAAAGGAAAGCAUUGAGGAGGAGGAGGAGGAGGAGGAGGAGGAGGAAGAGGAGGAAGAAGGUGAAGGCAUGGUCGCUGACAAUAAUUCCAUAGGACUUCCAAGUGCUGCAAAGAAACCUAACAUCUCGAAAUUAUCCAUGUCACUUAAGAAAACCAGUUUAGACGAGAACAUGAAGUUUCAGAAGUUCCCAGCAGGUAGGCCAGAAUAUGGCUAUCCCCUAAAUUCAUCAUCUGGACAUAGGAGCGCUGAUGAACAGCUCCCUGCUAGUGUUAGCUUCGUGAAUUUUUCGGACAUGUGUGAGGAAGAGUGGGCGCUGUUUCUAGAGAAGUUCCAGGAGUUGCUAUAUGCGGCAUUUGCUCAGCGGAAGUCUGUGACCCUUGGGCAGAGACAGAGGCUUGGUACUUCAUGCCAGUUCUGAGAUUGAGGAACUUUAUGUUCUACUAGAGAAGACUAGAAUAAAACUGCUGACGUUUGAGAAGUGAAGUAUUCUUAGGUUAGGUUUGCUUGCUUCUGCUUUUUUAUCCAACGAGCAUCAGGAAAAAUUCUUGUAAAUAUUCUUUCUGAAGGCAGCCGAGUGCAAGACUGCACUAGAUGUAGUUAUUUUUUCAAUUUUACUUUCAAAUUUUACUUUUACCUUGGACUUGUUUAAUUAAUGAUUUGUAGAAUGCACUCAGAAAUAGAAAAAGAAAAAUCAUUUUAUGUACA